AUGGACACCAGCUCGCGCGCUGUACUCCCGGUUCUGCCCUGUCUGCUGCUGCAAAGUGUCUACCUCGCUACCCUCAUCGCCCUACAGCUGCGCUGGUCCGCCCGCCUGGCCGCGUUCCUGGUGUACACAUGUCUUCUCGUGCUGGCCCUGCUGGCCACGGUGGCCAACCCGCGACGGAAUUACCUGAUGGGCUGCGUGCUCAUGCAGCAUUAUUUCACCGCAUUCCACCUUUUGUGGCUGGCGGGGCCGCUGAGAGAGCUCCGCCACGAGCGGGACUCUGUGCCGGCGGACAAGCUCCCCUUUUGGCGUCGCGUCGGAUGGGUGUUGUGUGUCUUUUACAGCGUGCGCGGGAUCGGGUGGAACUACCAGAUCGCCAACACCCCUCCACGCUCGAGCGCUCCCCGCUGGAAGUUUGUGCGCCGGCAGCUGGCGAAUGCGUGCUUGUGGUAUCUUCUGAGCGACUUUGCAAAGGCGUGGCAGGUGUCGGACUAUCUGUUCCCCUCCCAGCAGGAUGUUGGCGCUCUGAGACCGGGCGGUUAUGUCCAGCGUUGGCUCUCCAUCGUCGCGGUGUCUAGCUCGAGCGUUGGGCUGCUCGGGAUGGCUUACUCUGUGGCCGCUGGGGUGGCCGUCGGGCUUGGCUGGUCGCUGCCCGGCGAAUGGCCGGAUGUGUAUGGUGCGUGGGCGGAUACGUACACCGUCCGGCGGUUCUGGGGGCGGAAACACCAUCAGAUAGUGCGCCGGUUUGCCGCCUCGAUUGGGAAGGCGUCCUGUCGUCUUGUCAGCCUUCCGCCGGGCUCGUGGGCGUCGUCGAACACGCAGCUGUACGUUGGCUUUGCGGUGUCGGGCCUGAUGCACUGCGGGGGGGACUUUAUGGUGAACCGCUCAGACUUUGGGGCGUCGUUUCCCUUCUUUAUCGCUCAGGCGGUGGCCAUCUCACUGGAAGACGCCGUCAUCGAUCUCUUUACAAAGGCGGACGUACGACUCCCGGGGCGAGUAGAGCGCUGCUUGGGGUAUGCAUGGGUUUUUGUGUGGCUCAGCUUUUCGAUGCCGUGGUACGUGGGCUGGGCGGUGAAAGCCGGGGCCAUUGACGUGAAGAAGCUGCCAUUCUCCCCCGUCACCAUCCUGGUAGACUCUGCAGGGAUCGACCUCGUUCAAACUGUGAAAUAUAUGACUGGAUCUCGAGGGUAUUAG